CAGGUUUUCAUGCUUUGGCUCCAAACCUGGGCGGAGAGCUUAAAAACAAAAACAGUGAUUGCUUACCUUCAACCAACACCUCCAUCUUACCUUUUUAAUUAAUUCUUAUACUCCCUUAGCCUCUAAAAAAACCCUAAUCUUACUGCUUCCUUACGCCAUCACAUUCUCCCAAAAAUCCCAACACAAAACACAUAUCUCAGUGAGACAUUGGAGAACCUUCGCUGUAAAGAUUCUGCCUUUCACGUUAAGUUCCAUCACUAGGGAAACGGAGUGCCUUCUUUUCAGCUUUGUUUUAACUGAUGUGCCUGGAGAGGCAUGUUGUUGCCACAAUUAGCCAGGCAUUUUGGUCUUAUAUUUGGACUUCACUGAUUCCGAUCGGGGCGUUUUCUUGGUGGGCAUUUCCAAAUGCUUUUUGGUUGUGGCGUUUAGGGACAGUUGGUGGCUUAUUCGGGAAGAUGGUGCAGUUAUCUUUUAUGUGUGAUCUAUAAUUACUGGGGGCGACAAGUGCGGCCCGAUGUUAUGCAGUUGGUGAUAGAUUGAUUUUCCAGUGAUGUCAAGGAUUGCUAAGUGGAAGCUUGAGAAGACAAAAGUCAAAGUAGUCUUUCGGCUACAAUUCCAUGCUACGCAUAUUCCACAAACUGGAUGGGACAAACUUGUCAUAUCUUUCAUUCUCACUGAUUCUGGAAAAGCAUCGGCAAAGACAACAAAAGCAAAUGUGAGAAAUGGAACAUGCAAAUGGGCAGAUCCUAUCUAUGAGACUACAAGACUUCUCCAAGACAUUAAAACUAAACAAUACGAUGAAAAGCUUUAUAAGCUUGUUGUGGCUACGGGUUCUUCAAGGUCUAGCCUUUUUGGUGAGGCUACCAUCAAUCUUGCUGAUUACGCAGAUGCGUUGAAACCCUCUGCUGUGGCACUGCCUCUUCAUGGUUGUGAUUCUGGGAGUAUUUUAAACAUCUUACGUUUGCCCACUCCUUGUCCAAGAUUUGUCAGUAAUACCAAAGAAAUAUACUGCACAUUCUCAUGUAGUGUACUACGCCUUUUAUGCCAGGUGACUGUACAGCUGUUAACCUCUAAAACUGGUUUCAGAGAGUUUGAGCAGCAGAGAGAACUCAGAGAAAGAGGGUUGCAGAGUGCAACUGACCAAAAUAGUCCUCCUGAAUCUUCUGGUGGAAAACUGUCACCUUCUGAAGAGGCCGUCAAUGGUCAAGAAGAUAAGGUCAAUGCAAAAGUGAGAUUCAAAAACAAAACAAAGGAGCUUUCACUUGAAGAAGAUGCAGGAAUGAAUGAUGAAUACACGGACUCAGCUGCUGGUUUUGAUGGAUCUUCUUCCAAUACUUCGGGAAGUUUAUACGCAGAGAAGCAAUAUAGAUCCAGCACACAUGAAAUAGACAGCAUUAAGAGUACAGUUUCUGGUGAUUUAGCUGGGCUUUCUCUUGGUCAGAGUCCCCAGCCUGAGAGAGUGGACCCUUCUGAUCAUCGGUUUUCUGCACAGGGGACUAGUGGCUGGGUUCAUGGCUGGGGAUCCGACUAUUCCGCAGAUAAUGACUUGGCAGUUGCCAACGAAGAGAAUAGUAGACUUAGAGAAAGCUUGGAGAUAGCUGAGUCAUCUAUCCUUGAGCUUAAGCUGGAGUUAAGCUCCUUACAAAGUCAUGCAGACGAGAUAGGCACUGAAACACAAAAAGUUUCCGAGCAACUGGCUGCUGAGAUUGCUUCUGGAGAACAGCUGGCAAAAGAGGUUUCUACGCUGAAAUUAGAGUGUUCAUUCUUAAAAAAUGAUCUUAAAGUGGUAAAUAGUUCUAAAUUAUGCCCUUCAUUUACUACCAUCGAAGCUACAGAGACAAAACAGGAUAAAAUAUCUCAAGAUCUGCUGCUUAGAUGGCUAAAGGAGGUGUUGGUCUUGGAGGAUAAGGUAAAAGAACUCCGAAACAAGGCAUCAAUUGGAUACCAUGAAAGGGACUUCAGGUUCCUUUAUUCUGCCUUGGAGGCUUUGCUCAGUGCUCUGCAGAAUCUCAAAGAGGGAACUAAAUUGGCAAGUCAUAAUUUUAACCUGAUGUCAUCUGAAGGAGCAAGCAUGAAGGAAAACAGAGAAACUAGUCUUGGUAGAAGUGAGCAACUUGCAUCAGAAAUUGGUUUGGAUGUUGACUUGUGUCGACCAGAGUUUGGAAUGCUUCAUGGCCUGCCUGGGUCUCAGGAUCCUGAUCAUGCAGAAGUUAUAAAUGCAAUGAAAGGGAAAAUCUUUGAACUCUUGAGAGAGUUGGAUGAUUCUAAAUCUGAAAAGGAAGGCCUUGCAAAGAAGAUGGAUCAGAUGGAGUGUUAUUAUGAAGCCCUCAUCCAGGAGCUUGAAGAAAAUCAGAGACAGAUGUUGUGUGAGUUACAGAAUCUCAGCAAUGAGCACUCUACUUGUUUGUAUACAGUUUCAUCUACCAAGGCAGAGAUGGAAACAAUGUGCCAAGGUCUGAAUGAGCAGAUGUUAAGACUUACUGUGGAAAAACGUGACUUGGAUUCCCUUAACAAGGAGCUUGAAAGAAGGGCUAUUGCUGCAGAAGCAGCUCUUAAACGGGCACGGUUGAACUACUCCAUUGCUGUUAAUCAAUUGCAGAAGGACCUUGAACUGCUAUCUGUCCAGGUUUUGUCUAUGUUUGAGACUAAUGAGAACCUUAUCAGACAAGCUUUUGUAGAUUCUUCACCAGCAAGCCUUUUCCCAGAAAUUGCACUAGAUCAGAAAAUUGAUUCGAUGGAGGUUCACGCUGCAAAAAACUUGCAGUGCCAAAAUCAAUAUGUCGGGUUAAAGAAACACAACUUAGGUGGAGAUUUUCUUUUAGAAAACUUACAGCAAUCACUCUGCUUACAGGAAGGGCUAUAUCGAAAGGUUGAAGAAGAAGUCAGUGAGAUGUAUUUGCUGAAUUUAUACUUGGAUGUACUUUCGAAGACUUUAGCAGAAACUGUGCUUGAAGCAAGUGAUGAUGUUAGACUAAUGAAAGAGAAAAUAGUUGAACUGUCACAGCAACUAGAUUUUUCUGCAGAGUCGAAGGGGUUGUUGAUGAAAAGGCUGAAGACUGCAAUGGAUGAAGUUCACUCCCUAAAUGAGUACAAUGCCGCUUGCAUUGCUGAAUACAAAGAUGUGGCUCUGAAAAACCAAAAUUUGGAAGCAAAUAUACAAAAUUCUGCGCAUGAAAAUCUUCUUCUUGGGCAGAAAAUUACUGAACUGGAAUCCAUAAUAAAGGAAUGCAGAAGCUAUGAGAAUCGAAACAGGGCUUGCACUGCAGAAAAGGCAGAGCUGGAAAAUCAGUUGAAUGAAAAAACACAAGAAAAUGGCUGUCUCCAAAAUGAAAUUCUAACCUUGCGGAAAGAGUUUAGAGAUAUUAAAACUGAAUUUGAUGAACUCGCUUCUGUGAAGGACAACAUGCAGAAUUGCUUAAAUGUUCUGCGAAGUAAAUUGCUAAACUUAUUGACAUCUGAUGACAAGAAAUUUGGUAGAUUGCCUCUCUUGGGUGAAUCUAUUAGUCAGCAUUUGGAGUCUGGGGACUUCAAUGGUAUUGUGAUGCAAUUGGGUGAGCUUCAGCAUGAUUUGUGUGAAAAGAUUGCCCAACUCAUGGAAGAGAGAAAGAUUCUGGGUGAUGAAAAAGAUAUGGUUCAGGUUUCCUUAACAAGAGCACAAUCAGAAAUUGAAGUGAUGAAACAUAGGUUUGAACUUGAUAUGCUGGAGAUGCUGGAUAAAUUUAAUGUGUCUAAUGCCUCGAUGCGGAAGCUGCAGUUGGAUGUCGAGGCUGUUGCCAACAGACUGAAGAAUGGCUCUGAAGUUGAAGAAAACUUUGCACAGCAGCAAAAUGAACUUUUUGCGGAUGUUCAUUGGUUGGAAGUUGAGCUGCAACAACUUAUUUCUAAAAACAAAGACCUUGCUGAUGAAAUCUUAGCAUUGGAGAUCGUAGCUAAUGAACUCGAGAGGAGCAAAGUAACAACAGUUGAACUUGCACAGGAGAAACAACUAUUAAUAGAAUCUUUGCAGGCUAAAACUGAGGAAUCUGCUAAGCAUGCGGUGGAAUUAGAUGGUUUGAAGGACAGCUUGCUGUUUGUGCAUGAUGAAAACCAAGCGUUGAUGACAUCUUUGCAGGCUAAAAAUGAAGAAUCUGCCAAGCUUGCAUCAGAAAUAAAAAGUUUAAAAGAAAGUCUACAAUUUCUGCAUUAUGAGAACCAAGCUUCAACUGCAUCAUUACAGGAUAAAACUGCAGAGUGUGCAAAGCUUGCAUCAGAGUUAAAGAAUUCGAGAGAAAGUAUGCAAUCCUUGCUUGAUGAAAACAACGCUUCAUUGGCUUCUUUACAGAACAGAACUGAGGAAUCUGUUGAGCUUGUUUCGGAAUUGAAUAGUUUGAGAGAGAGUUUGAGGUCAUUGCAUGAUGAAAAUGAGGCGUCGUUGUUGUCUUUACAACAUCAAAAUGAGGAAUCUGCCAAGCUUGAAUCAGAGCUCAGCAGUUUGAAAGAAAGCUUCCAGUCUCUGCAUCAUGAGCUGCAAGAGGAGAGAAGUUCAAGAGAUAAACUAGAGGUUAUAGUUGCAGAUCUUACACACAAAUUAGACGAGAAGCAUUGCCAGGUCCUCCACUUGAACCAGCAGAACUCAGAAUUGGUCCAUCUCAAGCAACUAAUAUCAGAUCUAGAAUCAGAAAAAUCCAGAGUCUGCCAUCUUUUGUUGCAGUAUGAGGAAUGCCUUCAAAAUUCUCGUGAUGAAUCAUCUUCUACUGCUGCUCUUGAAGCCCAGUUGUCUGAACUGUAUGAAACUAUAGUGGCAACAGAUGUAAAAUUAGUCGCUACUAGAGCUCAGUACGGGGGCUGGGUUGAGGAGGUCGUGGAAAAACUUCUCUUUGUGGAUGGACACCUUGGUGGUCUUCUCAUUGAAGAAAAUCCUAGAUUAUUGACAAUUCUUGACACAUUGAUGUCUGAGUUCAGAGCCUCCAUUGCUGAAAACAAGUUGCUUCUUGAGACAAAUCAUGCUAUAUCAGCUGAGGUUGAGGAAUAUAAGACUAAGGAGGUGAAUUGGUGCGAUGAAAAAAUUAAUCUUGAUUCUGAGUUUCAAAAGCUGAAGCACUUGGUGACGUGUUCCGAAGAAGAGAUUGACAAUCUGUUGCUCUGUAAUGAAGAACUGGAAGUCAGAGAUUUGUUACUGAAAGCCAAAAUGGAAGAACAGCACCUGCAAAUAACCCUGUUGGGGGCGCAUGGUGAUGAACUGCUGAAGUUGCAGAACCAGUGUAAUGAGCUUACACAGAAGCUCUCUGAACAGAUUUUGAAGACGGAGGAAUUCAGAAACCUGUCCAUCCAUAUGAAGCAGCUUAAAGACAAGGCCGAAGCUGACUCUAGCCAGGCUCGUGGAAAAAGAGAAGCUGAGGUACAAGCAGUUCCUGUCAAAGAAUCCCUGAGAGUCGCAUUUAUCAAAGAACAGUAUGAAACGAAGCUGCAAGAACUAAAACGCCAGCUGUCAAUCUCCAAAAAGCACAGUGAGGAAAUGCUUUGGAAAUUGCAAGAUUCUGUUGACGAAAUUGAGAAUAGGGAGAAAUCUGAAGCUUCUCACUUGAAGAAAAAUGAGGAGCUGGGAAUGAAAAUUUUGGAAUUGGAGGCUGAGUUACAAUCAGUAAUUUCUGACAAGCGGGAAAAAAUAAUGGCCUUUGACAUGAUGAAGGCUGAACUGGAAUGCUCGUUAAUAAGCCUUGAAUGCUGCAAGGAAGAAAAACAAAAACUUGAAGCAUCUUUAGAAGACUGCAACAAGGAGAAGUCAAGAACUGCCAUUGAACUUACCUUGAUGAAAGAGCUUCUAAAGAAUCCCACGUCAAACAGUCAGAAAGAAGGAAAUGAUGGAUCACACAAGAAGGGUCAUAUCUCUUCUCAGGACCUGUUUGUUAAAGUUCAUGAGAAUGGUCCAGCUGAGGACCUUAAUGCGAAGUACUUGGAACGAGAUAGUUCAAUGAAAUGUGAAGAAACAGAAUCUCCUUUUGUGGUUCCAGUUGUUGAGAAUGACUAUUCAACCACAAUCAUAGAUGCGCAACCUAAGCAGGAUUUACCUUUAGGUAGUGGUGAAUAUGGACUUCCAAGCCUCGUACAUGUGAAUCAAGAAAGCUUGCUGUGUGAUGUCAAGCAUUUAGCUCUUUGUGGUGAUGACUUUAGGACUCAAAGUUUAAAAUCUAGCAUGGACUACUUGAAUAUGGAGUUAGAAAGGAUGAAAAAUGAGAAUUCAUUUCUUGAAAAUGAUGCUGCUCAUUUGGAUCCAAAAUUUCAAGGUUUACAAAGAGAACUAAUGCAGUUACAAACGGCAAAUGAAGAACUGGGAAGCAUGUUUCCAUUGUAUAAUCAAUAUUCAAGCUGCGGUAAUGCCUUAGAAAGGGUACUUGCAUUGGAAAUCGAACUCGCUGAAUCAUUGCAGGCAAAGACAAGAUCAAGCAUACAUUUCCAGAGUUCAUUCAUGAAACAACACAAUGAUGAGGAAGCAGUAUUGCGAAGCUUUAGGGACAUCAAUAACCUUAUCAAAGACAUGUUAGAACUAAAAGGAAGUUAUGCAUCUGUGGAAACUGAACUAAAGGAGAUGCACGAUCGUUACUCGCAGCUAAGUCUUCAGUUUGCUGAAGUUGAAGGUGAGAGGCAGAAACUGAUGAUGACUUUGAAGAAUAUCCGGGCUUCCAAGAGGCUCAGCACUUAAUCGCUCAUUAUCAUCUUCCGCGGAACACUCAUAGUUACCUAAAUGAGCCACUGUGCCUUUUUUACCAUGUACAGGAGGUUGCCCUAUACUGAGAUGAAAAGGUUUCAAACUUGGAAUGUGAGAUCCAACAACUGUUAUGGAAGGUGUUUACUUAGCUGCUGCAAGAAUGUAAUGUGUAAAUAACUAUACAAUGAUGGCUAUAACAUUAUGACCCUUGUAUUCUAUGUGCUUGUAAUUCGUUUUGCUGUAUAUAAUAAAUAAACUUCUUUGACUGGCAAA